UUUGUCAUGUGACACAGUACCCAUAAUAAUGAGUGUCGCAUGACUAGCUGCUUGGUUUAUUUGUGCAAAAUAACUGAUUUAAGUGUACAUAACGUUGUUGAUAGACCCUAAAUUAGUAGACUACGAAUAAAUCUGCUUUAUUAUCCCACAUCUGGAGCUUCUAUCAUGGCGGAAGUGGAGGAGCAGGGAAGAAACUUAAGUGAAGAAUCCACAGAUGAGUCAGAGGAGGAGGACACAGAAGAGGAGCCUAAACUGAAGUACGAAAGGCUGACCAAUGGCGUGACAGAGAUCUUGCAGAAGGAUGCGGCCAGCUGCAUGACAGUGCAUGACAAGUUCCUGGCUCUUGGGACACACUUUGGAAAGGUUUACCUUUUGGAUAUUCAAGGAAAUGUUACACAGAAGUUUGAAAUUAGUCCAGUGAAAAUAAACCAGAUCAGUUUGGAUGAGAGUGGCGAUCAUGUUGGCAUCUGCUCUGAAGAUGGAAAGGUGCAAGUGUUCGGCCUGUACACUAGGGAGGGCUUCCAUGAAAACUUUGACUGUCCCAUCAAGGUCGUAGCGCUACACCCUCAGUUCAGCAAAUCCAACAAUAAACAGUUUUUUGUUGGUGGAGGAAAUGUGCUUUUGCUUUAUGAGAGAAACUGGCUGAACCGGUGGAAGACCUCUGUUCUACAUGAAGGAGAGGGAAACAUCACCAAUGUGAAAUGGAGAGCCAAUCUCAUUGCCUGGGCAAACAAUGUGGGUGUGAAAAUUUAUGACAUCAGCAGUAAACAGCGCAUCACUAACGUGUUGCGGGACAACACCAAUCUUAGGCCGGAUAUGUACCCCUGCAGUCUGUGCUGGAAAGACAACACCACGCUGAUCAUCGGCUGGGGCUCUUCUGUUAAGAUAUGUGUCGUUAAAGAGCGUGACCCGACAGAAAUGAGAGAUCUACCCAGUCGCUACGUUGAGAUUGUGUCAGCAUUCGAGACCGAGUUCUUCAUUAGUGGACUGGCGCCUUUGGCAGAUCAGCUAGUCACUCUGUACUAUGUCAAGGACAGCUCUGAGCACAUGGAGGAGGAGUUCAGAACACGGCCUCGUUUAGACAUCAUCCAGUCGUUACCCGAGGGCUGUGAGGAGAUCUCAUCAGACGCUCUCACUGUACGCAACUUCCAGGAGAACCAGUGCAGGGACUACCGGCUCGAACACUCUGAGGGAGAGUCUCUAUUCUACAUCAUCAGCCCUAAAGACAUUGUAGUGGCUAAAGAAAGAGACCAGGAUGACCACAUCGACUGGCUUCUGGAGAAGAAGAAAUAUGAAGAAGCACUGAUGGCUGCAGAGAUCAGCUUCAGAAACAUUAAACGGCAUGAUGUACAGAAAAUUGGAAUGGCGUACAUCAAUCAUCUGGUGGAGAGAGGAGAUUAUGAUGCAGCUGCCAGAAAGUGUCAAAAAGUGCUAGGAAAGAACAUGGAUCUCUGGGAGAAUGAAGUGUACAGGUUUAAAACCAUUGGACAGUUGAAAGCCAUCAGUCAAUACUUACCAAGAGGAGACCUUCGUCUUCGACCAGCAAUUUAUGAGAUGAUACUUCAUGAGUUCCUCAAGACUGACUAUGAGGGCUUUGCCACACUGAUUCGUGAGUGGCCGGGAGAGCUGUAUAACAACAUGGCUAUAGUUCAGGCAGUGAAUGAACACCUGAAGAAGGACCCCACCAACAGCAUGCUUCUCACCACACUGGCCGAACUCUACACAUAUGAUCAGCGUUAUGAUCGUGCUCUGGAGAUCUACCUGAAACUGAGACACAAAGAUGUUUACCAACUCAUUCACAAACACAACCUAUUCUCCGCCAUCAAAGACAAGAUUGUCCUACUCAUGGAUUUCGACAAAGAGAAAGCUGUUGACAUGCUGCUGGAUAAUGAUGAUAAAAUAUCGAUGGACAAAGUGGUGGAGGAAUUAAAAGACAGACCUGAGCUGUUACAUGUGUAUUUGCAUAAGCUGUUUAAGCGGGACCAUCAUAAGGGGCAGAAGUACCAUGAGAGGCAGAUCAGUUUGUAUGCCGAGUAUGACCGACCCAACCUACUGCCCUUCCUCAGAGAGAGCAUGCACUGCCCACUAGAGAAGGCUUUGGAAAUCUGUCAGCAGAGGCACUUUGUAGAAGAGACAGUCUUCCUGCUCAGUCGUAUGGGAAACUGCAGACGUGCCCUGCAAAUGAUCAUGGAGGAGCUGGCGGAUGUGGACAAGGCCAUUGAGUUUGCUAAAGAGCAGGAUGACAGAGAACUCUGGGACGAUCUCAUCUCUUACUCUAUAGACAAACCACCGUUUAUCACAGGCCUCUUGAAUAACAUUGGAACCCAUGUGGACCCCAUCCUGCUCAUUCACCGCAUUAAAGAAGGGAUGGAGAUCCCUAACCUUAGAGACUCACUGGUUAAGAUUCUACAGGACUACAAUCUACAGAUCUUACUGAGAGAGGGCUGUAAGAAGAUCCUGGUGGCAGACUCACUGUCUCUUCUACAGAGGAUGCACAGGACACAGAAGAGAGGAGUGCGGGUGGAUGAAGAAAACAUCUGUGAAUCCUGCCACACUCCUAUUUUACCAUCAGACACGGCUCAGGCAUUCGGUGUGGUGGUGUUUCACUGCAGGCACAUGUUCCACAAGGAGUGUCUGCCGUCCCCUGGGAACGUCCCAGGAAUACAGUAUUGUAACAUCUGCAGUGCAAAGCGGAGAGGACCAGGCAGUGGCAUACUGGAGAUGAAGAAAUAAUCAUUCCUACUAAUAGAAUAACAGUUAUCAAUAAUUACCACUCACUCAUCAGAACCUGUUAAAAAUGAAUCAUAAAAUAAUCUUUCCUUUAGUAACAGUAUUUAUUAAUGCAAGCUUGUGAUUGCUAGAUUUUCUUUCAUAAAAGCACCAAUAAAGCACUCGUAUAAUCUGUUGAA